UAACAUAAGUGCAUACCUUUUUUUUUUGGUCUUAUUCUACUACAAUAACAUAAACAAAACAACUAGAAUUUGUUCUUCAUCAUUUGAAAAUGGAUUCUCAUGAAGCAUGCCUUUUAGAAAAUGGAGGGAUUAAUAAUCUAAAGGGAACAUUGAGCAAGGAAAUUAUGAGACAUGGUAGAACAGCACAUAACAUGUCAUCGUCUUCAUUACGUAAGAAAUCAGACAUAGCUCUUAUCUCCAAAAUUCGUCAUGGAUUCUUGAGGAAUGUUUUGGUUAAUUUCCAAGAGGUUAUUCUUGGAACCAAGCUUUCCAUUUUGUUUCUGGCUAUUCCUUUUGCCAUUUUUGGUCAAUGCUAUGGAUUUGCAAAUCCAUUGGUUUUUGCAUUGAGCUUACUUGGUCUUAUCCCUCUUGCUGAACGAGUCAGCUUCUUAACAGAGUAAGCAAACUAUG